AUGACUUCUAAGCCAGAGGUAAGAAACUAUUUUUUUCUUGUUGAAUUUAGGUAAGAAAUGCUGUGAUGUUAUCAGAGAGCUUCCUUGUCAAUCAUUUCUAACUAUAUUUUCAAACAUUAUCAUGGAUUUUUUAGUUAUUUAUAUUAUUUUAGUUCCUUCUAUUGUCUGCACAAAGUGAAAGUCCGUAUUCCACUUCAUACAUUGAUCCCUCCACUGGCCAUGCUCUAUGGUCCCACAAGGGCAAUGAACUACGUGGAUCAGCGGUCAAAUUCGCUGAACCGGUUGGGCGAAAAGGCGAUGUGAUGUUGGUUGGAUCGGCCUCUCAGAAUUUGUUGGCCAUCGUUUCCGCUGCAAAAUUUCAGCCCAUUAGCUGUUUCGUCAAUUCCCCGGUAGAUAGUUGCGCCGUUGAUUCGACUGGAACUUUCGUCUACUUGGCAUUGCAGCACAAAAUAUUUACUUUUAACGUAUGUUUUUUGUUUUCUUGUUUUGUUUCGAAUUUUUAGAUUUUUUAUGAUGAAGAUCGACUUUAAUCUCCGAAAUAUGAAAGUUAGAUAAAGUCAAAACUUCAUGAGCCGUAUUGUCAUUGCAUUCCGAAAUUCUAACUGCGAUUUUUUCAGAUCAAAACGGGCGAGAUGAUCAAGGUUUCCUCAAAUUCCAUGGCCCAGUUCAAUCGGAUUGUUCUCUCUCCAGAUGGCAAAUUGAUGGCUGUUCCUUCGAUUGAAGACGGUGCUGUGUUCAUCUUCAAAACGAUAGAGUAAGUUCUUUUGCUAUAAUUGUUAUUUGAAAUUUAGUUUAAUCGUCCGCGGCGUCCUCUCUGAAGAUACUACUCCCUACAAGACCCUCAGAUAUCAUCGACUUCCUGUGACGGAUCUCUGUUUUGGCCCAUUGGACUCUUCAAGACUAUUGACAGUCUCUUCAGAUCAUUCCAUGGUACUAUGGAGUAUUAGGGAAGAAAUCCCUGUCAUCAAAAUGAAUGUCGAUGAAAAAUUGACUUCUGGCUUUUUAAAUGCGACGGAACUGAGGAUAUUCUUGGGAUCCGAGAGUGGAAAAUUGAUUUCUAUUUCAACAGAAGCUGCGGUAAGGUUUUUUCGACUAAUUUUUUUGUAAUUUAGGUGAUGGAUAAUAUAAUUUUUAUUUUCGGUUUGUCAGAAGUACUAUAAGAUUUAAUUUUAGAGGUUCAACAUUGCCGAAAAUGAUUUCCUUCGAGCCCAGGGAACUGACGAAGAAGAUAAUUCACUUCAGAUCGUCGACAAACACCCUUCUCCCAUCCUCCGAAUUGCUCUAAAUACAGAUGAAUGUAAAGGUGCAAGUGGAGACGCGGAUGGUGUUGUAUACAUUUGGGACUCGUAUAAUCUUCAGACAAUGUUCAAGAUUCAAAAAGCCGGUCCGAUUACUACUUUGAGGUUCGUUCCUGGCUUCAGAUCAGUUACCGAGACGGAUUAUGUUGUGGAUACGACAAGUGUGAAGCCAUUGCACAGAGAAUUGAGUAGAGCUGAGAGUGCAAGGAUUACCUUGCACUUUGGAGACGAUGAAAGGUGGAAUAAACAGGUCCAAGUAAGAUUUUUUAUAUUGUAGUAGAUAUUUUGAUAUUAUUUUUGAGAAUUGUUUCAGGUAAUUGAUUGAAAACAAUAUAAAUUUAAUUAUUUAGGCCCUGGAUGACUGGAUGAACUCAAAGGAAAAGGCAGAAACAAGUUCUUCCCCUGAGAAGAAAGUCCUAAGGCCUCCGACCAAGAGAAAAUCCACAGAAUCGUUUGUCCCGUUGAGAACUCUCUCAAAAUCAGCCAGAAGAAGAUUAACCAAGAAGAGAAGACAAAACCCAGAAGAACCGGAUAUAAUAGAAGUGGAAGAAGAAGCGACAGCGAGUGAGAAGGCCCAUUCUUUGGCUGAAUUUACCGCAUUACAAGCAGAAAUGGAAAAGAUUUUGAAGGAAAAUGAAAAAUUGAAGAGCGAAAACAAAAAAUUAUUCGAAUUUGCAAAGAAACAAUUGGAUGGAGAGUAG